GUUUUUUCUUAUUCUCUCUCAAAAAAAGUUAUAGGAGCUUAGGCUAAGAUGCUCUAAGCGUGGAGCUACCGAGGGCCGAGGCCAAAUAAUACAAUCAAUUAUUGGGCUCAACGUUUGAGGGCACGUUUGAGAUGUGCGUCUUUUUGUAGAACCCAUCACCAUCAGACCAGACUGCUGUUGCCUGUCCCAGAAAGCCAGCUAUGUCGUCGUCGGCGCCGCAGACGGAGCCGCACGUGGUGGAGGACUGCCGCGGCGUGCUGCAGCUGAUGAGCGACGGCACGGUGCGGCGCAGCGCGGAGCCUCCGGCGCUGUUCUCGGCGGUGGACGUCUCGGAAGACGAGUGCGGCGUGGAGUGGAAGGACGUGACGUGGGACCCGGCGCACGGCCUGAACGCGCGCCUGUACCGGCCGCGGCACCUGGGCGCGGCCAACGACGCGCGGAUCCCCGUGGUGGCCUACUUCCACGGCGGCGGCUUCUGCAUCGGGUCCGGGCGGUGGCCCAACUUCCACGCCUGGUGCCUCCGCCUGUGCUCCGAGCUCCCCGCCGUGGUGCUCUCCUUCGACUACCGCCUGGCGCCCGAGCACCGGCUCCCGGCCGCCCAGGAGGACGGCGCCAGGGCCAUGUCCUGGCUGCGCUCCGCCGCCGCCGGCGGCGGCGACCCCUGGCUCGCCGACGCGGCCGACUUCGCGCGCGUCUUCGUGGCGGGCGACUCGGCGGGCGGCAACAUCGCCCACCACGUCGCGGUCGGGCUCGGCAGGGCCGGCCUGGGACCCGGCGUCCGGAUCCGCGGCGCGCUCCUCCUGGCGCCGGCCAUGGCCGGCGACGCCCGCACGCGCGCGGAGCAGCUGGAGUGCCCGCGCGACGCGUUCCUCACCACCGAGAUGUGCGACAGGUACGCGCGGCUGGCGCUGCCCGAGGGCGCCAGCAGGGACGACUCGGUGCUCAGCCCGGCGGGGCCGCGGGCGCCCGGGCUGGAGGCCGUGGAGAUGGCCCCCGUGCUGGUGGUGGCCGGCGGGCGCGACGUGCUGAGGGACCGGAACGCGCAGUACGCGCGGCGGAUGAAGGAGGAGUGGGGCAAGGAGGUGGAGUACGUGGAGGUCGCCGGCGCCGACCACGGCUUCUUCGUGGUGGACCCCUGGUCGGAGCGCGCCGACGAGCUCGUCCGCAUCGUGCGCCGGUUCGUCGUGGACCACAUGGACACGGAGUAGGACGGGUGACCUGAUGAUGACCAGGCUGCCGGUGCCGGUGCCGGUGCCGGAGGGGCCAUCAUGGUUUG